AUAUCUUUAGGGCCACUCUCAAACCUAGGCCUCCGCCCCAAUUCCCUCGUUGCCCCGGACGGAUGCAGUAGUGCUAGAGUGCUAAUAAUUCGCGAGACCAUAAACAAGAAGAAAAUCAAGGGCUGUUUUAGUAAUUUCGUAGAAAAAGUGGAAAACGGGAGGCCUACGAUUGGCUCCCAAUUUUCAAGUUCGAGUUCAUCGUUUCCCUCCAUUUCUGUCUCGCUCUCUGCUACAAUUUUCCCCAUAUAUUAUUGAUUCCACAGCACCAAGACGAAACAGAGCGAAGCACGGGCUAGUGAAGAAGCUUUACAAUCAAAGGUUAUGGAUUCUGCAACGCAAACUUCUCAACACCGGACAUUAUCAAUCAAACUGUGGCCUCCGAGCAAGAGUACCAGAUUAAUGCUUGUAGAACGAAUGACCAAAAAUCUUACAACUCCAUCCAUUUUCUCAAGAAAGUAUGGUCUUUUGAGUAAGGAAGAAGCUGAGGAGGAUGCAAAGCAGAUAGAAGAGGUUGCUUUCGCUUCUGCAAAUCAACACUAUGAGAAGGAGCCAGAUGGUGAUGGAAGUUCUGCAGUCCAAGUGUAUGCUAAAGAAUCCAGUAAGCUUAUGCUGGAAGUUCUUAAAAGAGGCACUAGAACAAAAGAGGAUGGAGAUGCAACAAUAUUUGAUAAGGUUACUGCCUCCCAUGGGACUAUAUUUGAUAUAUCUGGAGGUCGCCGAUCCUUUAUUGAUGCUGAGGAGGCUGAGGAGCUUCUUAAGCCACUUAGGGAGCUGGGAAACGCAUACACUAAAAUAUGUUUUAGCAAUAGAAGUUUUGGCUUAGAUGCAGCCCAUAUUGCUGAGCCUAUCCUGGCAUCCCUGAAGAAUCAAUUGACAGAAGUAGAUCUAUCAGAUUUUAUUGCAGGAAGGCCAGAGACGGAAGCUCUUGAAGUUAUGAGUAUAUUUUCUUUGGCUCUUGAGGGUGCCAUGUUGAAGCAUUUGAACCUUUCGAACAAUGCCUUGGGUGAAAAAGGUGUCAGGGCAUUUGGUGCUCUUCUAAAAUCACAGAGUAACUUGGAGGAGCUGUAUUUGAUGAACGAUGGUAUCUCAGAGGAAGCUGCAUGGGCUGUUUGUGAAUUAAUUCCUUCUACUGAGAAGCUGAAGGUCCUUCAAUUUCAUAAUAACAUGACAGGAGACGAGGGGGCAGUUGCUAUUUCUGAACUUGUGGAACAUUCCCCUGCAUUGGAGGAUUUUCGGUGUUCUUCGACAAGAAUAGAGACAGAAGGGGGGGUUGCCCUUGCUAAAGCCCUUAGUACAUGUACCCGUCUGAAAAAGCUUGAUUUGCGUGACAAUAUGUUUGGUGUUGAAGCUGGAGUUUCUCUAAGUAGAGCUUUAUCUGUAUUUGUGGAUCUUACUGAGGUUUAUCUCAGUUACUUGAACUUGGAGGAUGAGGGGGCAACAGCUCUUGCCAAUGCUCUCAAGGACUCUGCUCCUUCACUGGAAGUUCUGGAGAUGGCUGGAAAUGACAUCACUGUUAAAGCUGCUCAUACCUUGGCAGCUUGUAUAACUGCAAAACAAUUUUUGACGAAGUUAAACUUGGCUGAGAAUGAAUUGAAAGAUGAAGGUGCUAUUUUAAUAGCCAAGGCAUUGGAAGAUGGUCAUGGCCAGUUAAAUGAAGUUGAUCUGAGCACCAACUCAAUAAGACGUGCUGGGGCCAGGCUCCUGGCAAAUGCUGUUGUACACAAACCAGGGUUCAAGUUGCUGAACAUCAAUGGUAAUUUCAUUUCUGAUGAAGGGAUUGAUGAGGUGAAGGAUAUGUUCAAGAAUUUGCCUAAUGUGCUUGGGUCUUUGGAUGACAAUGACCCUGAAGGGGAAGACCUUGAUGAGGAGGCUGAAGAAGACAGUAUUGACAAUGAGGAUGAAUUGGAAUCAAAGCUGAAGGACCUUGAAAUUAAGCAAGAGGAAUAGGAGUUCCAUUUUGUUAGGCUUGCCACCUUGGCAUAUUCUUGUUUCAAACCUCGUUCAAAUCCUUCUCAUUUUAUUGUGAUAGAAUAGGUUUCAGGCUUGUUUAUGCAUAAGCAAGUGCAGCUGAGAAGCUAUGCAAACUGUAAUAUCCGUUGGUAGUUCAGGAUUCACAAGACAUUUUUGUUUUAUGAAUAUCCUUGCUAGUUUCAUGCUCUGAUGUACCUUGGAAACUGGUUUGAGCCCUAGAUAUCUUUCAUCCUUUAGCAA